UCGUACAAAAAUGUGUGAAUGCCAAGUCAAAGAGGAGGUCAUUUCCUUCAAUUUGACGUAUGUCACUUAGCUGAAUUUAGUUUCUAGUUUUCUUUCAUUUUCACUUUAUUUUCGACUCAUUGGAUUCAGUCAUUGGUUCAGGGCUUCCGCAACACCCAUGGGGAAAUAAUUAAAGGUGGCCUCAUUUGUACAACAACCACAAAUCAUAUGGUGCAAUCCGCCAUUUUGCCAUCAAGCUGAUCAACGGUUUGCCAACACACACAAAGAUAUUUGUGUGUGAGCAGAGAAUAUGCGAGAAAGAAGAUGAAAACAAAGAGAAUGGACAGCUGUUCGCGUGAGACCACCUUGUUAAAUCCGCCUAGCGCAACACCUUAUUCCUUUUUAGAGCUGUUUCGAAUCAAGGACUAGGUCUAGAUAUUUCGCCUCCUUCGAAAACAGCUGGGUGAUCCCGUCUAAAGAUGGCGACAAAGAUACUAUGCAUAAAAUGUUUUGUGUACUCAAAAAUUUAUGCAAAUUUAGACAAUUUGUUACUGGAAGUCGUUCGUGUACGUUAUUUGUCAGCAGAAAAGAGCUGGAGGGUGCGUGAGAGCAGGCAACAUUUUGAGAAUUUGGUAUUCGAGAGCUUGCAAAUUUCUACUGGAGUCUGUUUUCCCAGCAGCAAUUUGCAGCAUCGAAACAGGUGGCUUUUGAAUACCAGCUGUUUUUAUUCAAAAAAAUAAAAGAUAACACAGCUAUUCUUACUCUCCUACAAAUGUUUACUGGGACAUUUUUACUGGAAAAGUACGCGACCAAUACUCUGUUACAACAACAAAUGGAUAUUCAAAACAUGAAAUAUAUGGCUUUUGUUGAAAAGUUGGUUGGUCCUAUUUUUCUGUAGGUGUCCAUCAAACCCCAUUGCUCAACCUGUUCUAGAGCUAGAUACCAACAAUAUGCCGUAGUCUUUUGAUUAAUAGUUUUGCUCGUAACUUAAUUUUUUAGCCACUGUGGGUCGUUGCUAUGAAACUUAAAAAAAUAGAAAAUUUUGUUUAUUUUGAAAAAGUUUAUUUUUUUAUAAAUUUACACUCAAUUCUUAUAUUUACUCCGAAAUAUGGAUGGCGAGGGAGAUCAAACUUCUGUUGGACAAUUCCAAACGCUGGUACGCUACAAUAACCCUGUUCUGGUGGUAAAACAUGUCGAAAAAAAGGCCGGACCAGCGGAUUUGGAAAUCAAAAGGCCUCAAACGGCUGGAGCUCUUUUGGACACUAAAAAGGAAACAGAGGAAAUUUUAAAUUCUAUUUUACCACCGCGCUGUUGGGAAGAUGAAGGUCAAUUGUGGCAGCAGACAGUAUCCUCCACACCAGCCACAAGACAAGAUGUCAUUAACUUGCAAGAGAUGCUAGACACUCGCUUGCAACAGACACAGGCUAGAGAAACAGGCAUAUGUCCCAUUCGCCGGGAACUUUAUUCCCAAUGCUUUGAUGAAAUUAUACGCCAAGUGACCAUCAAUUGCUCAGAACGAGGUUUGCUACUUCUACGAAUUCGUGAUGAAAUUGCCAUGUCAAUGGAAGCUUAUGAAACAUUGUAUUGCAGUUCGGUGGCAUUUGGCAUGCGAAAGGCUCUGCAGGCCCACGAGGAAAAGGAAAUGCUCAGAGAUCGUGUUAAAACACUUGAAAGCGAUAAGGAAACGUUGGAGGAUAUCAUUUCCGAUAUGAAAUUGAAAAAUGAGCAAGCCGAAAGGAGAAAUGCCGAGUUGAGGGCCUCCGAAGAAAAGAAAUAUCAAGAAGAGGUGGCCUUCCUCAAAAAGACAAACACUCAACUCAAGGCUCAAUUGGAGGGAAUCACAGCACCAAAGAAAUAAAAUGUGACUACAAAAAAAAUUAAAAAUUUUCUGGUUCGUUUUAUAUUUUUUUGAAAAAGAAAAAUUUCUGCACAUUUUUUCAAUGUUUCAAAAAAG